AUGUCUCCUUCGUCGUCAAGGGCGAGAUGUUUCCUGCGCACCGCGCCGGUCUUCAGGGCGCAGCUCCUCGGCGCCAUGGCGGAUGCCAACAUGCCGUCCAUCACCAUGCACGACAUAUCGGCGGCGACGUUCAAAGCCAUGCUCCGGUUCAUGUACAAGGACGCCUUGCCUGCCGACGACGAGCUCGGGGAUUGUCCAUUGAUCGAGGUGUUUCAGGAUCUGCUUGCCAUGGCCGACAGGAAGCUGUGGGAAAACAUGGCGACAGAUAAUGUUGGCUCAACCUUAGCCUGCGCCGAGAUGUAUAAUUGCCCGGAGCUGAAAAGGAAGUGUAUUGCCUUCGUGGCCAAGGACGAGAACUUGAAGAAGAUCGUGCUGACCGAUGGUUUUCUUCAGCUGGUGCAGAAGUGCCCAUCGAUUCUUGCUGAGAUGAGGGAGAAGUUCGCGGCAUAG